UGCGCCUCACUUCCGGCCUCGGCGCUAAGAUGGCGACUCCCAUGCACCGCCUCAUCGCUCGGAGGCAGGCGGAGGCAAACAAGCAGCAUGUAAGGUGUCAGAAAUGUUUAGAGUUUGGACAUUGGACAUAUGAAUGUAAAGGGAAGAGGAAAUACCUGCACAGACCUUCGAGGACAGCUCAGCUAGCAAAAAUUCUGAAAGAAAAGGAGAAGCAACUAUCACUGCAGCAAAGCACUGGAGAAAGUACUGCAGAGAGGAAGACCAAGAAAAAAAGAUCUAAAAGCGUGACCAGUUCCAGCAGCAGCAGCAGUGACAGUUCAGCUAGCGAUUCCUCAUCUGACAGUGAAGAUUCCUCUACCUCUUCUUCUGAUGAUGAUAGUGACAGUGAUGAGAGCUCCUCUUCUUCCUCAUCCUCUCCAUCCUCCAGUAGCACUUCCUCCUCUUCAGAGUUCGAAUCAGAUUCCAGUUCCUCUAGCAGCAGCAGCAGCAGCACAGACAGUAGCUCCGAUGACGAACCACCAAAGAAAAAGAAGAAGAAAUAGUCCAGUGUAGCCUAGAACUGUUGUGUAGUGACUGGUAACACUCUGCAGAGAUGGGCUCAGCCCCUGCUUGCCAAACAGUUCAGCUGGGCAGCGUUCUUACUGCUCCAACUUUCUAAGUGUUUCUGCAUAGCUGCUCAUAGGACACGAAAGGUAUUAAACAGCGCGUUGAGACUUCCUGAGAGACUUAUUUUUGUGGCUGAUGAUCCUUCUACAGAGAGUUUAACUUUUGUAGUGAAAAAAGAAAGGAAAAAAAAAAAUCUCAUCAGAUCUGUUUAUAUGAGCUAAGGUCCAGUAACCUGGAUGUUUACAUGCUGGAAAGCAAAAGCUUUUUACUGCAGAUCUUGCUGUGUAUCAUAUGUUACUAAUCUGUUCCUGCCAGCUUCACUUCCAGUGAGAAACUCCUCUGAAGCAGAAGUUUCAGGCUGUGGAGCGCUGUGCUUGUUGGAAUGGAAUGCAGUCUUGCCCACAGAGGGCCUUGAUCUCACUGGUAACAAAUGGAUUCUGUGCUUCUAAGCUUUGUUGGGUUUUCCUGAUGGCUUUACCUGAUGCUUCCAGGUAAACUUCAGCUGGUGUUCAUUUGUUAAUUAAUGAUCAAUAUCCAACUUCUAUUGUCCAGAGGCUUUAGUCUUUUCAACUUGUCUGUUUCCUUAGCUCAUGCAUCGGUAGCAAUUUCUGAGAGACAGUGUCUCCUGCAGCAGUGUUGUGUAAGAGGAGCAGCACACAAUGGAAGAAUUACAACUGAUCCUGCUUACCAGUUUCAUCUUUGUGCCUUUUCUUGGUAAAUUAAAUGUAUCUUUGUGAGAGAAGGGCUCGAGUGAGUGGGUUUUUUUCAGCACUUCAUUAGCUUUCCAUAGAGACUAGAGUCAGUAAAACCAGAGACAUAGU